AUGCACGCUCCUGAACGAAGCAAGCUUCUAGACCAGGCAAGCUCCUGGACCACGCAAGCUCUUGGACCAGGCAAGCUCUUCGACCAGGCAAGCUCCUGGACCAGGCAAGCUCUUGGACCAGGCAAGCUCCUGGACCAAGCAAGCUCUUGGACCUGGCAAGCUCGAGGACUAGGCACGCUCGUGGACCACGCAAGCUCCUAUACUAGGCAAGCUCCUAGACCAGGCGAGCUCCUGGACAUUGUCGUGGACGUGGACGUGGACGUGGACAUUGUCGUGGACGUGGUCGUGGACGUGGACGUGGACGUGGACGUGGACGUGGACGUGGAGGACUUGGACGUGGAGAUGGACGUGGACAUGGACGUGGACGUGGAUGUGGACGUGGACAUGGACGUGGACGUGGACGUGGAUGUGGACGUGUACGUGGACGUGGACGACUUGGACGUGGACGUGGACGUGUACGUGGACGUGGACAUGGACGUGGACGUGGACAUAGACGUAGACGUGGACGACCUGGACGUGGACAUGGACGUGGAAGUGGACGUGGACGUGGAGGUGGACGUGGACGUGGACGUGGACAUGGACGUGGACGUGGAGGUGGACGUGGACAUGGACGUGGUCGUGGACGUGGACGUGGACGUGGACGUAGACGUGGACAUGGACGUGGAGGACGUGGACGUGGAGGACGUGGACGUGGACGUGGACGUGGACGUGAACGUGGACAUGGACGUCGGGACGUUUUCCUAG